UAUGUAGAAAUGGCGAAAAAUUACGAUUACAUGUUUAAAAUCUUACUAAUCGGUGACUCCGGAGUUGAUAAAACUGAAAUUCUAUUUGCAUUUACGGAGGAAUAUGUGUCAUUUAUAGGCCCUAUAGGUAUUGACUUCAAAAUCAGAAUUAUUGAGCUUGCUGGAAAGAGGAUCAAACUUCAGAUAUGGGAUACUGCAGGUCAGGAGCGAUUCAGGACAGUAACUUCAGCUUAUCUUCGAGGCGCUAUGGGCGCAAUGUUGGUGUACGACAUUACAAACGAAAAGUCCUUUCAAGACGUAGAACAUUGGCUGAAGAAUAUAAAAGAGUUUGGCGCAGAAGACAUACAACUUAUUCUUGUAGGGAACAAGUGUGAACUGAACCAUUUGAGAAUGGUUGGGGAAGACAAAGGCAGAGAGCUUGCAUUGUCACACGGCAUUAACUUCAUAGAAGUUAGUUCAAAGAAAAGGAUCAACAUAGAAAAGGCAUUUUUCACUCUAGCAGAAGAUAUACUAGCUGUCAUGGAAAAGCAGUCGAAAGAAAAAUCUUUGUUUUAUAAUAAAGCUCAAAAAGAUUCUGGGACCGGGAAGGACAAGAGCAUUUUCAAAAGAAUUUUCCAGCCGCUCUUUGGGGGAAAGACGCAACCAUCCACAUCCGUUCCUGAGGAGAUAAAACAAGAUCCUUACGCUUUAGAUCUAUACGAGAGAGCUUUGAGAGACGGCAAAGAAAAGGAUCGGUCCAUUCGUGUGAACAUAGUUGGCAACUACAGACAAGGUAAAACGUCUCUGAUGAGAAGACUUUUAGGUCAGAAAGUCACUGAUGUUUUAAGUACAGAUGGUAUAGAUGUCAUUCAUUACAAAUGUCUGCGUAAAACAGAUGGAAAAUUUUCUUUCAAAGCAGUUAAAGAAAAAGAUGAAUCUGAUAUUGUAGAACGACUGGUUUCUGUUGCUUUGACAUCAAAACAUGAACAACAACAACAUCAACAACACCUGACGGCAACUACACACACAGAAAGAUAUGGAAAAGAACAUAAAUUAAACACGAUGACAACUCCUCAAGAGACAAGAAAUUUGGACAGUUCUGAAAGAAUUGGGAAAAACAAGGGCGAGCAAGUACAACUGAAUACAAAAAGCCAUCAACUGGAAAAACUAGGUUCACCCGAUAAGGAUAUAGCAACCUCUGAUGAAUUUUUAUUGACUGCGAGUAUUGAAAGUAAGAAUAAAAACACUACGUUGUCUGUAAAAGAAAAGGAAACAUUUCGUAGAGAGUUAGCUAAACGAAAAGUGCCGUCUUCAACCAAGGAAAUCCAAACUUUGUUUGACAUAUGGGAUUUCGGUGGACAACAUAUAUUCUACGCAACACAUACAAUAUUUCAUAGUAAAAAUGCAAUUUAUCUAUUGGUUUUUGAUCUGUCCUUGGAAUUAAAAAGCGUGAUUGUUGAUGAAGACUUUCCAGAAGAGACUGGCGACAAAGAUAUGGAGUAUUUCCUUCAUUUUUGGAUGAAUUCCAUUCAUUCAUUUGUUGGUUCUGAGGAUGGUUAUAAACCGAAAGUUAUUCUUGUAGGUACUCAUAAAGACAAAGUAAAGGGAACUGCGAAAGACAAAUCGCAACACAUAGAACAAUACUUCAAUAAGAUAAGAACAAGUUUUGAUGGAUCCAAGUUGUUAAAUCAUAUACAUUCUGAAGACUUUGCAGUUGACAACUCUAUUGCGAAUGACAAUACAGUCUUGGCGUUACGCGAAACGAUUAUAACACUUGGAGACGCGCAGUCAAAAACCAUAGAAAUACCAGCGAAAUGGAUUCAGUUGGAAAAGUCACUGAAUGAACGGAAACAUAUCAAAAUAAUUCCAUUUGAACUUGUCCUUGCCAUUGAUGAAGAAAAUGAGGUUCCUAUAGGCGAACCAGAACUGAUUAAGUUGUUUCUGCGAUAUCACCAUAGUAAAGGAAAUUUCGUCUUUUUUGAUGAGGAACCACUGUCAGAUCACAUUGUUCUUGAACCACAGUACCUCAUUGACGCUUUCAAAUGUAUCAUCACUACAGAGCGUUUUUGUACAAAUGAUCCAGAUAUAAGGCCACUUUGGAAGACAUUACAGACAGAAGGAAGACUAGAAGAAGCUUUAAUCGACAAACAGUGGGAAAAAGACAAAGAUAAAAUGUUCAUGGAACAUAAAGACAUAUUGAUCUUAUUUCUUACUAAACACCAUAUAAUUUCAGAGGCAACAAGCUUUGACGAGACCACACAACAAUCUUUUCGACUUGGUUGGUUUGUCGUCCCAAGCUUGCUGAAUGCUCACUUACCUCAGGUGGAAAUACAACAAUUUUUGAAAGGAAGAAAACAAACCAUUGUCCGUUUUGUGAUGUCGUUUGAUAACUCAACUAUAGUUCCAACGAUAUACCAUCGUCUUAUGGCAGGUCUGAUCGGACAAUGGCCGAUUGCGCUACUGGGCACAAAAACCCUCAUGUCUAAAGAUAAGUGCGUUGUUAGAUUGAAUAUAGAUCAUGCUGGAAUAGCAGAAAUGAGGUUUGAUACGACUGAGCUGACAGUUGUAAGCCUUUGUCCUUCUUCUCAUGUUCAUCCUGUGCAAGCAGAUAUUUUCAGGCGAUUUUCGGAAGCUCUUAUCAUCCAUGAAUUUUCUAAGUUGGAAAGGAAGCACGAGGACCACACAAAACCGUAUAGCACGUGGGUCAGGUGUAACCAUGAGUAUCACGAUGACAGCGGAAGUAUUAACAUCAUAGAUAUUGACCAAGAGGUCGACAAAAACCUGAUUCCAUGUCCAGAUCUUAUACCACAUGAUAUAGAUGUUCAGAAAACAAAAGCGGAAUGGUUUCAAGAUCAUACCGCUAUAUCACCAGUUCAAAGUUCGGAACUGAAUGACAAUAUUUUGAGUAAAAUAUCACGGUGUAUAGGACAUAACUGGCAGCUUCUUGGGUUGGAACUUGGCUUGGGACAGGCAAAGAUAGAGCAAAUAACUGAAGAUCAUCCACACAGUACUGCAAUGAAGAUAUAUUACAUGUUGAAAUCCUGGUGUCGUCAAAUGGCUGAUUCAGCAAAUAUAAAUGUCUUGGUACAGACAAUGCAAAAAUGCCCAAACGUGACUUUUCAGUGGGAUGAAAUUAGAAACAUUGUUGAUGAUAUAAGGUGAUCAGAUCACUCAGCGAUUGUCAGUCCGAAUACAGAAAACUCGAUACAUUUUAGUUUCAAAAAAUGAACGUAAUAAUGUUUGAGAAAACUCGUUUUGUGCUAUGCAAAACAACAAAUAAAAGAGGAAUUGCUCCCAAUGUAUGCCCAUCUUUUAAGUUUUCAGCAAAUUUGACUUUUCGAGUGAAUAAUUCUCCCGUAAGAGGUAACAUUCAGAAUGUCUUGAACUAGUGUGAACUUGAAAUAUACAAAACAAGGCAUUCAAUGACAUAAUAAAGUUAAACACAUGUAACUUUGUUAGAGAUUUAUUCAAGUUUAAAACUUGUCUUCUAGUGUAAUUAUCAAAAUAACUCAAAGAUCGGGUUUUGAAAAUUUUGACAUUUAAUAAUGUUCAUACUAAGAUAUGAUUACUUGCAUCUGUGGCUAUCAGUGAAAUAACAUAAUGUAUCGGUAUUGCAUCAAAUACUUGCUGGCGUGUCUGAUAUUUGAAAAAAUUGUGGAUUAUCGCGUAGAUGAUUGUUGAAUAAGUCGUUGUUUAAGCUACUGCAUUUGUUACGUAUUCUUGCAUGAUGUACUUGCAGGAAACGGUCACCUACAAGAAAAUAUGUUGGAACAACGGGUGGGUUAAAUAGUUUAAUUAGCUUUCUUUUAAAUGUGGAGAGAGUUUCUGAAUUUCGGGUUUCUAUAUCUAAAUCAUUCCAAAGCUAAAUAGAUGAUGGUAGUACUGAUCUGGAAUAAAUUUCGAGACGACAGGCAAUAGUUGCAUAGUCGAGAUGAUUUCUCAAAUUGUAUGAGUUUGUAUCACUAACCAUAUCAGGUAAAAGUUCAUUUAAGUAGCUCGGUAAAUCGCCAUUUUUGAGUUUUGAAAAUAAGAAUUAGUUUUUGUAAUUUACAUCAAUCGGAUAAUGAAAUCCAGCCAAUUUCCUUAAUAAGGUUAUUUAUGGAAACAGAUCUUGUUAAACCGGUUACUGUUCUAGCAGCAUCGUACAGGAUUUUCUCAAGUAAUUCGUAUAUUGUACAAUUGACCCAGAUAAUAGAGGCAUACUCUAAAACUGACCUUACGUAGGAGAUGUAGAUUUGAUUGAAAGUUGCUCGUUUUAGUGCAAGUUUUAAAAAUUUCAUUGUCCCUAAUACUUUAGAUGCUGAAGAAGCUAUGUUCGAAAUAUGUGUGUGCCAAGUUCCAUCAUCACGAAACGUUACUCCAAUGUUUGUGAGUUUUAACAUAGCUGAGCUGAACAUUGUCAAAAAGUAAGGAGGGUCUAGCAAUAUUGUUUUUGGCAAGAGUAAAAAACAUUACUUCUGUUUUAGAAGGAUUAAAAUUUACUAGCCAUUUUUGAGCCCAAUUUGAUAUCAUAUGUAAAUCAUGGUUUAGUACUGUUUCGAUAUAUUCAACAUUGCCAGAACUAACGGCGAGUGAACUGUCGUCAGCAUUUAGUCGAGAUAUACUUAAAAGAGACUCGAUAAUGUCGUUUACGUAGAUACGAAAAAAUAAAGACCCCUCGGGGCACUCCUGCUUUUACUUGUGUUUCACCAGAAUAGGAAGAUCCAAUAAAGACUUUUUGGCUUCGA